AUGGCGAUUUCCUCCUUCGUCGAUGGGCGCACCAUCUCCAUGUUCUCCAUGUUCUCCAUGCCCUACAACCGGGUGACGAGGCCCGUGGUGCCCACUGCUCAACUGGGCGUUUCGACCGCUUGGCUUGGGAGUACGAGCAAACCAGAACAAGGUAGGAAGAGGCUGACCCCUAUGGAGCACGCUGCUCAUAGAAGCCCCCUUACCGAGUUUGAGACGUCGGAUCAUCCCACGCCGUGA